UUGAGAUUUGAGAGGGAGAUAUUGGAUGAUGUGAAGAUUGCAUAAACUGAAACCAACUGUCUUCUUCUCCAGGUAAGCGCGUGGCAAAGACGCUCCUUCAUCGGUACUUCACCGGUACCGACAUUGUACGGCAACGUUUUUGAUUAGGAUUUUGAGAGAUGGUGUUAGUGCAAAAGUGGACUACCCCGUAUCAUGCGUACUUGCCAAAUGUAUCAUCUCAGGUGGAUGUGAUGCAUCAACUGGGGUGGUUUAGGAAUGGUCACAACCUUAGGGCUCCUGGAUGUAUUAUCAGGUCAGAGAAUGUGACCGAAACUUCCACUUCCUCUUGCCAAGAUAGACUUGGGAGGCGUCAAUUUCUUGCUGUGGGACCAACAGUUGCCCCGUUGCUGCUGAUGACUUCUCAGAUACCAACAUCAUUUGCUGCAGAAAAUAAGAAGGGAUUUCUGCCUGUCACAGACAAGAAGGAUGGAUACUCUUUCCUCUAUCCUUUUGGAUGGCAGGAAGUCGUUGUUGAAGGUGAAGAUAAAGUUUUCAAAGAUGUUAUUGAACCAUUAGAAAGUGUUAGCGUAAAUUUGGUACCAAGCAGUAAAGAGGACAUACGAGAUUUUGGUUCACCACAACAGGUUGCUGAAAUUUUAAUAAAAAAGUUUUUAGCGUCGCCUUCUCAGAAAACAAAACUAUUUGAAGCAUCAGAGCGUGUCGUUGAUGGAAAAACCUAUUACACGUUCGAGUUUACUGCACAAGCCCCAAAUUAUACUCGGCAUGCCCUCACUGCAGUCUGCAUUGGCAAUGGAAAGUUCUAUACAUUGACAACUGGGGCAAAUGAGAGGAGAUGGGGGAAGAUGAAGGAUAGACUACAUACUGUGGUUGAUUCCUUCCAAAUUUUCAAUGUUUAGUAUACUUCAAUAGCACGGUUCUUUUUGUUGUUAAAAUCCCAGUUUUCAUCUUUAUAUAACUAAUUGAGGUUGUAUAAUGAAUGUAGAUAUGAGUAUUGUGCUUAUUCUCAGCCACUGCUUGUCAAAAUAACAGUACGGAUUUUAUAGCAGCAGCCUUUGUAGAAUACUCUGUUCUAUUUCAA